AUGAACAAUCUAGAACAGCUCGUGGACGCUUUAUGCAUUGGUGUAGGUGUUGCUGCGCUCCUUCUCAACACCAAUCGAGUUGAAAAAGCUAUUCAGGUGUACAAGGAAUGCGUGCUCCUCCUUAAUAAUAAAGCCCUUGAAAAAGAAAAGGAAUUCGUUGAGUUAACCACCUACGUGAUUUACUUCCCAAUGAUUAUCGCGUACCGUCUUAUGAAUAACCCCGCGAGUGCCAUAGAAUGUGGAAGAGAACUCAUGGCGAUUCAACGAAGAACUGGUAAAAGAGACUUGGAAGGAAAGGUCAUGUUUGAACUCGCGAUGGUUUAUGAACAGCAACUUAAGUAUGAGGAAGCAAAAGAGUAUUAUCCUAAAGCACUUCCUAGCUAUAUGGCAACUGGUCAAAAACGAGAAGAAGCAUUCUGCUACGGUAAACUUGGAUCGUGUCUUAUGUCCUUAGGAGAAUACGGCAAAGCUAAAGAAUGUCUGGAAAAGGGAAUUGUCCUCUCAAAUCGAAUUGGAGUCCAAGAUGUAGGAUGCAUCUGUUAUAGUAAGCUAGGAACUUUAUUUUAUUCCUUUGGUGAGUACGGCAAGGCUAAAGAAAAUCUUGAAAAAGCUCUUGCAAUCAGUAAAGAGACCGGUGAUAAGAGAGGAGAAGCUACCUCUUAUGGGAACUUAGGAAACGUUUUUAAGUCCACUGGAGAAUAUUUAAAAGCUAAAAAGUAUUUCAAAACAGCACUUUCAAUCCUAGGAGAAAUUGGCGACAAAAAAGAACGGGGCUCAUGCUAUUCUAGCCUAGCAACCAUCUUCCUGCAUCUUGGUGAAGGUGCCAAGGCUAAAGAAUAUCUUGAGAAAGCGCUUGUGAUGGCAAAAGAAGUUGGUGCAAGGAGAGUUGUAGCCUCGUGUUACUGUAACUUAGCAACUGUAGCCCACUUACAUGGUGAAAAUGCCAAGGCUAAGGAAUAUCUAGAAAAGGCACUUGUGAUCGUGAAGAAAGUUGGUGACAAGAGAGAUGAAGCUACAUGUUAUGGAAACCUUGGAGAAGUGUUACAGUCUAUCGGCAGCUAUGCUGAAGCUAAAGAACAUUUCGAAAAAUCACUUACAUUAGCAAAGAAUACAGGUUACCGAGAAUUAGAAGCUGUUCAGCGUAGAAACCUAGGCACUCUAUCGCAGGCUCUCGGUGAGUAUUCCAAGGCGAAAGAAUACCUCGAAGAGGCACUUUUGAUUGCAAAGGAAAUUGGAAACCAACAGAGAGAAGCCUUAUUUUUAGGAGACCUAGGAACUGUGUUUCAAGAUCUCGAGAAAUACGUCAAGGCUAGAGAGUGUCACGAAAAAGCACUUACGAUUCACAAGAAAAUCGGUAACAGAGCUGGAGAAGCAGCAACUCUCGGAAACCUAGGAAGAGUGUACAAAUAUUUCGGUGAAUAUGACAUGGCGGUGAAAUUUCUUUACGAAGCACUUGAUUUGGCAAAAGAAAUUGACAGCAGAGAAUACGAAGCUAAAAGCUACCAACAUCUAGGAACUGUAUUUCUGUCUCUCAACGAAAAUGCCAAGGCUAACGAAUAUCUGGAGAAAGCGCUAGUGAUGCACAAAGAGGAAGGAAGCAAAUCGUCUGAGUUAACGACCCACUUUUGCCUUUCGCUACUCAUGUUAAAUGAAAACCACAUGCAUGAAGCUAAAGCGCAUCUUUUUGAAAGCACGUCCAAGGCUGAGGAUAUGCGCAGCCUUCUGGGAGAAGAUGAUAACUUGAAGGUUUCGCUUUUUGACGAACAUGUUCAUUGUUACAAGUGUCUCAGUUAUUUGUUUUGUGCCAAUAAAGAUCCCUCAAACGCUCUCUACGCUGCGGAGCUUGGACGAGCCAGAGCCCUUGCAGACCUAAUGCUAUCUAAGUACUCAAUGGAGAAAGGGAAACCAGUCAAUCCACAGUCAUGGGUUGGUAUAGAAGGGAUAGUAAAGAAUGAAAGUCGCUGUGUGUGCCUGUAUGUGUCUUAUUAUGAACAAUUUAUAUUCUUAUGGUUACUCAAAGACGGAGAACCAAUGCUUUACAGAUCAGUUAUGCUUGAUAACUGCAAGGCAUUAAAACUCGUUGAAUAUUUGGGCAGUGGAACUCGUGGAAAUCAGGUCAAAUGUGAGGAUCGAUCUUGGUGUCCUUCAAAUGUGAGUGAGCCAAAGCGAGAAUCAGCAUCGAAUGGAGAUAUCGCGAACGUUUUCCAAAUUUCGACCGAAGAAACCCAAGAGAUUCUAGCUUUUUAUUACCAAAUGAUCAUCAAUCCUGUUGCUGACGUACUCGAGGAACCCGAAAUCGUCUUUGUCCCAGAUCGCGUCUUUUACAAACUUCCAUUUGCGGCUUUAAAGGACCAGAGUGGUAAAUAUUUGUCAGAAGCUUUCAGAAUCCGCGUCGUCCCCUCUUUAACGACUCUGAGGCUUAUUCAGGACAGUCCAGCAGAUUAUCACAGCCAGACUGGUGCACUGAUUGUAGGUGAUCCCGAUGUUGGACAGGUGCGGUAUGAAGGUGAAAUUUGCCAUCCACCGAGGUUGCCAUUUGCGCUAAGAGAAGCAGAGAUGAUUUCCCAACUUUUAGGAACAAAACCUCUGGCAGGAAAACAUGCAACAAAGCAGGUCAUACUACAGAGCAUAAAUUCAGUGAGUUUGAUUCAUUUCGCUGCUCAUGGUAAUGCCGAAAGAGGUGAAAUCGUCCUUGCACCAUCACUCUCCACUAAUGCAAUUCCUCAAGAAGAAGACUACCUGCUGACGAUGGCCGACAUCGCACAUGUUCGACUGCGAGCCAAACUGGUAGUCCUCAGUUGUUGUCACAGUGCGGAAGGACAGAUCAGAGCCGAGGGAGUGGUUGGAAUCGCUCGCGCGUUCUUAGGGGCUGGUGCGCGCUCCGUGUUGGUGGCAUUGUGGGCCAUAGACGAUAUUGCAACAGAGCAGUUCAUGAGUCGUUUUUACGAGCAUCUUGUUCGUGGGGAAAGUGCUAGUGAAUCUCUUUACCAGGCUAUGAAGUGGAUGAGGAAUAACGGCUUUUCCGACAUACAAGAAUGGGCACCCUUUCAGCUGAUUGGAGAUAACGUGACAUUUCAUUUUGACAAAUAA